AUGCUCUUCCGCGGCAUCUCAAGGGCCGUUGCCGGACCAUCGCGUCUGGCCACUGCACCUCGCUCCGCCUCGUCCUCCUUUCACACCUCGUCGUCGGUGGCCAGGAUCAUCGCAUCUCAGCCUCUUCGCGCCAAGGAGGCACCUACUCCUCUCGACGCAGCCAAGGGUUACCCCGUCAUCGAUCACGAGUACGAUGCCGUCGUAGUCGGAGCCGGUGGAUCUGGUCUGCGAGCUGCGUUCGGUCUCGCAGAGGCCGGACUCAACACCGCCUGCAUCACAAAGCUCUUCCCCACACGUUCGCAUACAGUCGCUGCUCAGGGUGGUAUCAAUGCCGCCCUCGGUAACAUGACUGAGGAUGACUGGCGAUGGCACAUGUACGACACCGUCAAGGGUUCCGACUGGCUCGGUGAUCAAGACGCUAUCCACUACAUGUGUCGAGAGGCACCCCGGACCGUCAUUGAGCUUGAGCACUUUGGUCUCCCCUUCUCGAGGACAAAGGAGGGAAAGAUCUACCAGCGUGCCUUCGGUGGUCAGUCUCUCAACUACGGUAAGGGUGGUCAGGCAUACCGAUGUGCCGCCGCUGCCGACCGAACCGGACACGCCAUGCUGCACACCCUCUACGGUCAGUCCCUGCGCCACAACACCAACUUCUUCAUCGAGUACUUUGCCCUGGACCUGAUCAUGGAGGAUGGCGAGUGUGUGGGUGUCAUUGCCCUCAACAUGGAGGACGGUACUCUCCACCGCUUCCGUUCGCACAAGACCGUCCUCGCCACUGGUGGUUACGGAAAGGCCUACUUCUCUGCCACUUCUGCCCACACCUGUACCGGAGACGGAAUGGCCAUGGUCUCUCGUGCCGGUCUGCCUCUGCAGGACCUCGAGUUCGUCCAAUUCCACCCUACUGGUAUCUAUGGUGCCGGAUGCCUCAUCACUGAGGGUUCUCGAGGUGAGGGAGGAUACCUGCUCAACUCUGAGGGUGAGCGAUUCAUGGAGCGAUACGCUCCUACCGCAAAGGACCUGGCUUCUCGAGACGUCGUCUCUCGAUCCAUGACCAUUGAGAUCCGUGAAGGCCGUGGCGUUGGUCCGGAGAAGGACCACAUCUACCUCCAGCUCUCUCACUUGCCAGCCGAGGUUCUCCACGAGCGACUGCCCGGUAUUUCUGAGACUGCUGCCAUCUUUGCCGGUGUCGAUGUCACAAAGGAGCCCAUCCCCGUGCUGCCCACUGUCCACUACAACAUGGGUGGUAUCCCCACCAAGUACACCGGUGAGGUGAUUCGAACCGACGCCAACGGCAAGGAUCAGAUCGUGCCCGGUCUCUACGCCGCUGGAGAGGCAGCCUGUGUGUCCGUGCACGGUGCCAACCGUCUGGGCGCCAACUCGCUUCUGGACAUUGUCGUCUUUGGUCGUGCCUGCGCCAACCACAUCAAGGAGAACCUCUCUCCCGGCAAGCCUCACCGUGAGCUCAAGGGUGACCAGGGAGCUCAGUCGAUCAAUGAUUUGGACUGGCUGCGAAACUCCAACGGAGCCAAGUCUGUUGCUCAGAUUCGAAACGACAUGCAGAGGGUGAUGCAGAGUGAUGCUGCCGUGUUCCGAACGCAGAAGUCGCUGGACGAGGGAGUGGAGAAGAUCAACAAGGUUCAUGGAACCUGGACCGACGUCAGUGUCAAGGACCGAUCUAUGAUCUGGAACUCUGACCUCACCGAGGGACUGGAGCUUAGGAACAUGCUCACCUGCGCUACGCAGACUGUGGCCUCCGCAGCUGCUAGGAAGGAGUCUAGGGGUGCUCAUGCUCGUGAGGACUUCCCGGAUCGAUUGGAUGAUGAGUGGAUGAAGCACACCCUGUCGUGGCAGCAAGGACAGAAUGAUCCUGUAAAGUUGGGCUACCGUGGUGUUAUCAACCACACUCUGGACGAGAAUGAGGUCAAGGCGGUACCACCCUUCAAGAGGACAUACUAG